AUGGACUCACCUGCCCUCCUGCUCUACAGGACUGCCCGAGUGGCCGUACGACAACCUCAUGAAGCUCUUGUGACGACGGAAGGCGAAGAACCGGAAGUUCUGUAUAUCACCCAGGACGGCAUAAUAGGUGGAACCGGUCAGGUUUCUGUGUAUCUGAUGCAGCCGAAAAUGACUAGUGUUCGGGCAGAAAUCAUUCGCCGUUCUGCCCAUCCCGUAUGUAACUAUAUUUGGAAGGUCAAAACUGAUUGUUGGAAAUUACAAGUGAAAUUCACGUCUCCGUGGCAGGCCUUUGCUCAGCUGGCUUGGUUCCCGUCUCCUGAAGGAUCUCGGUGUACAGCAGCUGCCUCCUUUUCUCGUUCUCCCGGCGAGGUGGUCGUGCGGAUGGGUCCGUCUGGCCGGGCGGUCGGCAAAGCUACUCAAACUCUUAUCGCCAGCUACGGCUCGCCCACCACCUAUUCAAUCGAUAUCAAUCAUAUCACGAAAGACGAUUUGAUCGUCAUUUUCCAACCAGACGAUCCGACUUUGGCUCCUGUGCUUUCUCAGGCAUGCACGAGAUCACCCGUCGAAUGGAAGACAGAAGCAGUCCAGCCAGCUCCCGAUUAUAGCAACGACACUUUCAGCAUGUCAAGUCAAAUCGAUACAGUCUAUACAACUGAAGCGGAAUGCCAAAUGGACCUCUGCUUCCCACUUCGGAGAAGCGGCGUCUCGCUUUUUGAACUGCAAGCUGGCCAGCAAAGCUGCGUUUCAGGCCAAUACCAAUCGCCAUAUACAGAUGAAUCCAGUCCGGCCUCGGAAUCAACACUCGACAUACGCGCAGAUGAUGGACUCAGUGCACGGUUUGCCACAAUGUAUAAGGGUGGAACUCAACAGGAAGAUAAUGAUGAUCAAUGUAUUGUCGUCAAACUUCUGCCGUGA